UUGCGGCUGUGUGAGCGCGCUGCUAAAUAAAUCAAAUAAAUAAAUAAAGGCCGAGCAGUGCCAUGGCCGGGCGGGCUCUGCCUCCUGCGGGGACCAGGCUGCUGCUCCCGCCGACCGGAGCUCACCGUGCCGCCGCCCCUCUGCUGCCCGCAGCCCGCCGCAACUGAACGGGCCUGCAGCUGUUUCUGCAAAGAUGAUGAAGAAGAAGAAUCCCCACAAGAAGCACCGGGGCAGCCUGGGCGCCAGCAGCAAGGCUGUGGCUCCGCCCACUCGCUGCCUGGUCGGCUGCAGGAUCCAACACCUGUGGAGGGAGGGGGCCGGGCAGGUGGUCUGGAAAGGAACCGUCCUGGACCAGGUGCCGGUGAACCCGUCUCUCUACCUGAUAAAGUACGACGGGUUCGACUGCGUGUACGGCCUGGAGCUGCACACUGACCAGAGGGUGCAGGGACUGGAGGUGCUGCCUGACCGGCUGGGCAGCUCCCGCCUGGCGGACGGCGGCCUGGCGGACGCCAUGAUCGGCAAGGCGGUGGAGCACAUGUUUGAGACGGAGGCGGGGCCUAAGGAGGCGUGGCGGGGCAUGGUGCUGGCCCGGGCGCCCGUCAUGAGCGGCUGGUUCUUCAUCACCUACGAGAAAGACCCGGUGCUCUACAUGUACCAGCUGCUGGACGACUACCGGGAGGGAGACCUGCGCCUCAUGCCGGACGCAGGUGACAGCGUCCCAGCGGAGCGGGAGCCAGGUGAGGUGGUGGACAGUUUGGUAGGUAAACAGGUGGAAUACGCCAAAGAGGACGGCGGCAAGCGGACGGGCAUGGUGAUCCACCAGGUGGAGGCCAAGCCGUCCGUCUACUUCAUCAAGUUCGACGACGACUUCCUCAUCUACGUCUACGACCUGGUCAAGACCUCGUAAGGCCCCGCCCCCCACGGGCCCCGCCCACCCAAGGCACUCGGGCAGAGUCCCUGAGCUUUAGAUUCGGCUUUUGUCCCUCAGACCGUCUGAAGACGGAGAAGCUCCUCCUCCUCGUCCUCGUCCGCCUGAGACCAGGAAACACCCCUGCCCCGAGACCCACCGGGACUGCCCCGAGACCCGCCGGGACC